CCCCCCCUCCCCCACACCGUUACGUCUCCCCUGUUAUCUAAGUGACGUUGUAUAGUCAUUUUUGCUGUCGACCUCAACUAAAGAAAAAAAAAAUCCAAGGUAUUUGCAACUCCUUGAUUUUGUGAGUUAUUUACCUGACUGUCUGAUCGAAUUUGUGACCACAACAGGAUUCAUCUACUAUGGCUCAAAGCUCACCCCUUAUCCUUCGUCUGGUUGCUUUCUCCAUAAAUGCUGCCAACAGGGCUGGGAAAAUUAUACGAGAUGUAUGGAGUCAGGGAGAGCUCGGUAUUGUGGACAAGGGCAAGAAUGAUCUUCAAACAGAGGCAGAUCGAUCUGCCCAACGCUGCAUCAUUGCUUCUCUUUUACGUCAGUUCCCUAAUAUAACUAUUAUUGGAGAGGAAGGAUCAAGUAACUGUGAAGUGCCAUCUGACUGGCUGGUAACUGAGAGUGAUCCAAGUGUUCUGCAACUCAACUGUCCGAAGGAGUUUGAAUCUGUGACGGAUAAGGAGGUGGUAGUAUGGGUUGAUCCACUUGAUGGCACAUCAGAAUAUACUCAAGGUCUGUUAGAGCACGUCACAGUUCUUGUAGGUAUAGCGGUUGGGAGUCAAGCAGUUGGAGGCAUAAUCCAUCAACCAUAUUAUGGUUAUGCAUCUGGUGCUGAAUCUCUUGGACGCACUCUUUGGGGUAUUAAAGGAAUUGGGGUUGGUGGUUUCACCCCCAGUAUCCCCCCAGCAAAUCAAAGAAUCAUUGCUACUACAAGGUCCCACUCCAAUGCUCUUGCUGAACAAGCAAUUGAAGCACUCAAGGCUGACAAAGUGCUAUGUGUUGGUGGAGCUGGUCAUAAGGUCUUACUACUGAUGGAGGGUAAAGCCCAUGCCUAUGUUUUUGCUCGAGAUGGAUGCAAGAGGUGGGAUACAUGUGCUCCAGAAGCAGUACUAGAAGCAAUGGGUGGUCGACUGACGGACAUGCGUGGGAACCAGUAUGCCUAUGAUCACAAUACUUAUCAUGCAAAUAAAGGAGGAGUCCUUGCCACGGCAAAAGGAGAAGAUCAUGAUUGGUACAUCCGAAACAUCCCUGAAAAUGUUCGAGAAUCACUCAAGUAAUCAAUGAAAGAACUUUAACAAAAAAUAUUUUAAUGGAAAAAAGUAAUUUUCAGAUUGAGAUCACUUUUUAAUUCCAUGGUUUUGUUAUUCCACAUAUCCAAUCAUUCCCAGUUUAAAAGCUAACAGUUGUUAAAAACAAAACAAAAAUUGUUCUGCAUUUCAAUUAAAUUUUUGAUCUGAAAUCACUUUGGUACCUGAAGGUAAGGGUUUACUUUGCAAACUCAUGUCUAUGAAGACUGUAAAAUGUUUAGAUUAUGACGUUUCUUGUUAUUGUUUUGCUAUGGUUGAUGUUUGGAUUUUUAAAUGAAGUUAUUUUGUCAGUA